AUGUCAGCAGCUACAAAUGAACAGUAUGGGAAUGGACCAGUAAAUCCAAAUUUAAUCAAAUCAACUAUAAAUUCAUCUGCAAUUCCACCUGAACAUAAUGAACAAAAAAAAUUACAUCAACAACAACAACAAUUACAUCAACAACAACAAUUUCAACAACAACAACAACAGUUACAUCAACAACAACAACAAUUUCAACAACAACAGCCUGUCCAACAAUUUCAGAGACAACCACCCGUUCAGCAACAAUUUAUUAAACCACAACCAAAUCAACAAUUUAGACAACCACCGCAACAACAACCACCACAAAUACCUCAACAACCACAACAACAAAAACCACCUCAACAAGCACCACCUCCACCACCUCAAUCAAAUGAUGCAAGUUAUGAAAAGAGUAAAGAACAACCUGAGGAAUCAAGACCAAAACAAUCGGAACCACCAAAACCAACCAACAAAACUCCAAAUGAACAUCCUCAUAAGAUGAAGAAAAAAUUAGUUAGAAAAGCACCAGAUUCUAGUGCAUUAAAAUAUAAGCUUUGGUUAACCGGUCAUUUAAUGGCCCUUGGUUUUGGUAGUAUAAGUUUUUUAUUUCAAAUUUUAUGGUUACCUAAUAUCUGGUAUAUUAAUUCAAUAAGUUAUAGAUUAUCAUUAAUUGGAUCAAUGUUAGCUUUUACUGCAACUUUUAGUCAUAAAUUUGGAUUACAUUUUUUACCUCCAAUUGCAAGUUUAUUAAGUCAUCAAAACUUUCAAUAUUUGAUCUUAGCUUUUGUUUGGUGUUUCACUUUCAAAUCUAUUUUCAAAAUUAUUCCGUUAUGGUUGAUUAGUUUAUUGCACAUGGGUAAAUUGAAAAACAUUAGUUUUAUACUUAAAGAAUCAUCAUUUUUAGCUUCAUUUAUUGCGUACGAUGAAUUAGUAUUAAUUGUUUAUUUACUUUUACGUACUUUAUUUUUCAGAAAUGCAAGUGGUUAUCAAUUAAGUUUGUUUUUAGUUUUCUAUUGGCUUAGAAUUUUAUAUAACAAGGAAACUGGUAAUUUAUUUGGAGCUAUUGUUGAAAGAUUAGAUGGCAGAAUGACAGAAUUGAAGAAUCCAAAAGUUAAACAUUAUUGGUAUAAAAUUAAAGAAUUCAUUAAAGAAAAACAAAUACAAGAACAACAUGACAGUUAA